AUGGCGGAGCCAGGCAGGGUGUGGGGCCCGGCCAGUGACGCAGGUGAUGCCAGUGGGUGCUGGGCAAACAGUGAUGCUGGUGAGCACCAGGCUAUAAAGGGCAGCUCCUCUCCCCUGCUGGUGACCCACAAGAAGACAUUAUUCCUCCCGAUCUCUGGACAGCAGACACGUCCGGGAGCGAGGAGGAUGGUGGCAGCGACCAGACUCGCCGUCCUGCUGCUGGGCUGCGUGGGGCUCCUGUGGCCGGCUGGCGCCCAGUACAUAGACUACUGCCCCAAGGGCUGGUCUUACUACAAGCUCAGCUGCUUCAGGUACUUCCGUCAGCUCCGGAGCUGGGAUGAGGCUGAGAGGCAGUGCCAGGCCAGCCACCCCAGCGCCCACCUGGCCUGGGUGGAGGAGCCCCGGGAGGCGACCACCCUGCAGAUGGUCAUCUCCUACUACCAGCGUGUGCAGCCCGUCUGGCUCGGCCUCCGCUACGGGCGCGAGAACCAGGCCUGGCAGUGGGCGAGUGGGGACAAGUACAAUGUCACCAGUGGGCUGGCCAGGAACGGUGCCCAUGGAGGGACCUGCGGCAUGCUGACCCACCUCAGCGGCUUCACCCUGUGGUCCAGCGCCGACUGCACCCAGCGGCAUCACUACAUCUGCAAGUUCACCUCCUCACACUGA